UUUGAACUGCCCGAUUUCGUGUCAGAGUACAUUUCAGUGUUUUGACAAAUCAAUGUUUUAUGGCACGAAAAAUGAAAUAAUUAUUCUUUAGCUUAAUAAAUAUAUCAAAAUGUGCGACAUACUCAGAGAAUUAAAAGAACGUUCGAAAAAAAGAAAACAAUUAUUAGCUCAAACGUUUGGUGUAUCGGGUAUCGAUGAAUUAAGACAAGCGUUAGGUACAAAAGUUGAUUCACCACCAAAGAAAACGGUUAAAAGUGACCGAAAGCCAUCGUUAACCACACCAUUAGAAAUACAAGGGGUUGAAAAAUCAACAGAUGAACUUGUUUACACAGAUUCAUCAACGUUUUUAAAGGGAACACAAUCAUCAAACCCUCACAAUGACUACUGUCAACAUUUUGUUGAUACAGGACAAAGACCACAGAAUUUUAUACGAGAUGUAGGGUUAGCUGAUCGCUUUGAAGAGUAUCCAAAACUUCGGGAGCUCAUCAAAUUAAAGGAUGAUUUAAUCCAAGAGACAGCAACCCCACCAAUGUACUUAAAAUGUGAUUUAGCAAACUUUGAUUUAAAAGAGCUUAACUCAAAAUUUGAUGUGAUACUUGUUGAGCCUCCAUUAGAGGAAUAUCAGCGUACAAUGGGGGCAACAAACAUGCAGUUUUGGUCAUGGGAUCAAAUAAUGAAUUUAGAUAUUGGUGAAGCGGCUGCACAACGAAGUUUUAUAUUUUUAUGGUGUGGUAGUUCAGAGGGUUUGGAUAUGGGUCGAUUUUGUUUACGUAAAUGGGGAUUUCGACGAUGUGAAGAUAUUUGUUGGAUUCGAACAAAUAUAAAUAAUCCUGGACAUUCUAAAAAUUUGGAACAGAAAGCAGUUUUUCAACGUACCAAAGAACAUUGUUUAAUGGGAAUUAAGGGUACUGUUCGACGAUCCACAGAUGGAGAUUUUAUUCAUGCAAAUGUGGAUAUUGAUCUAAUUAUAUCCGAAGAACCAGAAUAUAGUAGUUUAGAAAAACCAGUGGAAAUAUUCCAUAUAAUUGAACAUUUUUGCUUAGGUCGUCGACGAUUACAUAUAUUCGGUAGAGAUUCUACAAUUCGACCGGGUUGGGUCACUAUUGGCCCCGAAUUAACGAAUACUAAUUUUAAUGCUGAUUUAUAUGCUAGUUAUUUUACUCCUUCUACGUUAACGACUGGAUGUACUGAACGAAUUGAAGCAUUGCGACCAAAAAGUCCACCGCCGAAGGGAAAAGGUGCUGUUGGUGGACGAAGCCGAGGCGCAUUUAACAGAGGACGAGGAAGAGGACGAUAACUUU